AUGGAUAAAUUGAAAUUGAUUGAAUCGCCUAUAUUGUUGAUUUUUCAUUUUAUAUUAUUGCUAUAUGUUGCCCUAAUUUAUUCUAUUAAUUGCUGCAGCUCAAAAAAAACUCCUCGUGCGAAGAAGGCUACAAAAGAACAGAAAGGAACGAUAGAAGGACAAGGUGCGCAAGGAUUUGCUGCUGCUGCAGAUGGAGGUCAAUUUAAUCAGGGUGGUGGUGUGGUUCCUGUUGCAGAAGUGCCAAAAGUACCUGGAGAGGGAGGUAUAGUCGGAACAUAUGACCCGAACUAUCAAACAUUAGCUGGUAUAGGUGGUGAAGUAUUUGGUGAAGAUAAAAAGAGAGGUGCUGGUGCCGGUGCUGGUGCUGUUGGUGGUGGCGGAGGACCACAGGUACCACAAGUUACUGGAAUGGCUGGAACCUAUGAUCCAAACUAUCAGACACUGGCUGGUGUAGGUGGUGAAAUAUUCGGUCAAGACAAAAAGAAAGAUAUUGGUGGUGGCGGUGGUGGUCCACAAGCUCCUAUUAAUAAAGAUGAAAAAGCUGGCACAUUUGACCCCAAUUAUCAAACUUUAGCCGGAGUUGGUGGUGAAGUAUUUGGUACAGAUAAAAAACAAGAUGGUGGCGGUCGCGGUGGCGCUGUUGGACCAAAAGCGCCUGAUAAUAAAGAUGCUAAAGCAGGAACUUUUGAUCCCAAUUAUCAAACACUAGCUGGUGUUGGCGGUGAAGUAUUCGGGCAAGAUAAGAAGGAAGCUGGUGGUGGAGGACCACGAGCUCCAGAAAAUAAAGAUAUUAAAGCCGGCACAUAUGAUCCUAAUUAUCAAACCCUUGCUGGUGUAGGCGGUGAAGUAUUUGGCGCAGACAAAAAAAUAUGA